AAAACGAUCACGUGAGGCCGCAGUAACGUGACUGUCUCAAACGGGAAGUCUCUCAACUUCAGUUCCACUGCUUUUGUCCCGUUCAGCGGCUAUUCCUUUUUCCACCGAGACCGGGACUGUACAGCAGAUAUAGGAGGACGUAACACAGCAUCAAGACAAGAGGCAAAGUUAUGGGCUCCAUGUUUCGCAGUGAGGAGGUCUGCCUUGUGCAGCUUUUCCUUCAGUCCGGUUCGGCUUAUAACUGUGUCAGUGAGCUUGGCGAGCUGGGCCUUGUGGAAUUCAGAGAUUUAAAUCCCAACGUGAACGCUUUUCAGAGGAAAUUCAUCGGUGAGAUUCGAAGAUGCGAGGAGUUGCAGAAGACUUUCACUUUCAUUGAACAAGAAAUCAGUCGUUCGCGGUUACCUCCCUUCAGUGGCCCUCUCCCUCCCCCGUGUCCAAUGCCUCCAGCGCCACAGCCCCGUGAACUCAUUACUAUAGAGGAGGAGAGUGAGAGACUGGCUCGGGAGCUCAGAGAGGUAUCCAGGAACAGGGACAGUUUGCAGGCCCAGCUUACUCAGCUUUGUCAAUACAAAGGAGUCCUGACCAAAACCCAUUCAAUUACAGCAUCUCAGGCACCUCCGCCACCACAGAUAAUCGAAAACCAAGGCAUUUUUGAUAACCGCCAAGAUGUCCGCUUAAGUUUUGUAGCUGGAGUGGUCCACCCCUGGAAGGUGCCCUCCUUUGAGCGGCUGCUGUGGCGUGCCUGCAGAGGGUUCAUCAUCGUGGACUUCAAGGAAAUGGAUGAUCGUCUUGAGCAACCAGACACGAGGGAAAGUGUUCAAUGGACUGUGUUUCUGAUUUCAUACUGGGGAGAUCAGAUUGGACAAAAAGUCAAGAAAAUAUGUGACUGUUUCCGCACACAGACUUUUGCGUAUCCAGAGAGCACAACUGAAAGGGAAGAAAUCCUCCAGGGACUUCGAGGCAGAAUUGAAGACAUACAUUCCGUGCUGGGGCAGACUGAAACCUUCAUGCAGCAGUUGAUAAUGCGGGCUGUGGCUGUUCUGCCCCAGUGGAAAGUGAAGGUGCAGAAGUGUAAAGCGGUCCAGGCUGUGCUAAACCUAUGUAGUCCCUCAGUCACCGACAAGUGUCUGAUCGCAGAGGCUUGGUGUCCCGUCACCAAACUACCUGAACUUCAGAGUGCGCUUAGAGAAGGAGGGAGGAAAAGUGGCAGCGGUGUUGACUCGUUCUACAAUCGCCUGCCCUCCACCACCUCUCCACCUACAUUGUUUCCCCUGAACUCCUUCACUACCGGCUUUCAGAACAUUGUGGAUGCCUACGGAGUGGCAAGUUACCGUGAAGUUAAUCCAGCUGUUUACACCAUUAUCACUUUUCCCUUCCUGUUUGCGGUAAUGUUUGGUGAUGUUGGCCAUGGUUUACUCAUGGCGCUAGCAGCAUUGUGGAUGGUACUUGAACAAAAUGACCCCAAACUAAAGAACAACAACAAUGAAAUUUGGAGAAUGAUGUUUGGAGGGAGAUACCUGAUUCUGCUCAUGGGACUGUUUUCCAUUUAUACUGGUGCCAUUUACAACGAGUGCUUUAGUAAAGGUCUUAGCACGUUCACUUCAGCAUGGCAUGUCACCCCAAUGUUUGACAAGAAUAUAUGGAACUCAUCAGUUCUUGCAGGAAGCCAAUAUUUGUCUAUGGAUCCCAAUGUGACUGGGGUUUUCAAAAGCCCCUAUCCAUUUGGCAUUGACCCUAUUUGGGGUUUAGCCAACAAUAAGUUAACUUUCCUCAACUCAUACAAGAUGAAGAUGUCAGUCAUCAUUGGCGUCAUUCACAUGACGUUUGGAGUUUGCUUGUCAUUUUUCAACUAUAUACACUUUGGUCAGAUAAGCAACGUGUUUCUUGUACUGAUUCCCGAGCUCUUCUUUAUGCUGUGUCUUUUUGGAUACCUGGUUUUCAUGAUUGUCUUCAAGUGGAUUGCUUACACUCCUGACCAGUCUAGAUUUGCCCCCAGUAUACUCAUCCACUUUAUUGACAUGUUCCUCUUUACAGAAAAUGAAGGCAACCCUCCGCUCUAUAAAGGACAGUCAGUUGUGCAAACAAUCUUGGUGGUGUUGGCACUAUGCUCUGUCCCAGUACUUCUGCUUGGAAAACCCACCUAUGAAUAUCUCAAAUUCAAAAGAAGUCGAAACCGUCAUGUAGAGGAGGACAGACGGCCACUUGUCAGUGAUGAUGGGUCAAUCAACACCCGAACAGGGGAUGUAGAAGGAGUAGCCACUGAACCAGAGGGGUUUGAUGCUGCAGAUGUGUACAUGCACCAAGCCAUUCACACCAUAGAGUACUGUUUGGGCUGCAUCUCCAAUACUGCAUCCUACCUCCGACUAUGGGCUCUCAGUUUGGCUCAUGCACAGCUAUCGGAGGUUUUAUGGGAAAUGGUGAUGCGAUUGGCCUUGAAGUGGCAAGGCUAUAUAGGAGCUGCUGUACUAGUUGUAAUUUUUGCCUUCUUUGCUGUGCUAACAGUCUCAAUCUUGUUGAUUAUGGAGGGACUAUCUGCAUUUCUGCAUGCACUCCGUCUACACUGGGUUGAAUUUCAAAACAAGUUCUACAGUGGUACUGGCUACAAGCUCACACCUUUCUCUUUUUCUUCAUUCAUAAAUGCAACAGCUAUUUAGAUGGUCUGGGACUGCAGAGAUCAAGAAAAAUAUCAAGAAACAGUAACACUGUACUUUCCCUGUGUUAGUUUGACUGUUAUCUUUAUCAAAUGAAAACUUUGCAUAUGGGAAGAACGUCAAUUAUUUUUUUCCUAUCCCAAACCUCCCUGUCAGUAUUCUCAUUACAAAUUUAAUUUUCUAACUUUUAAAUUGUUCUUAAAAGGGAAGUGGAAAAUAUUUCAUCAACUCUUUAAGGGAAUGUAUGAAUUUUCUGUAUGUGAGAGGAGCUCAUGAGCCAAUAUUGUGUUUCCUCAUUUCCAUGUCUUCCAAAGAAAGAUUCAUAUUUAUUGGUAAUGAUGAUUUUAGGUGCCUUAUCAGGACUAAGUGCUUGUUUAAACAUAAGUCUUUAGGUUAUGAAAUGUAUUGCUUUGCCUUAUAAAAGUAUUGUCUAUCUUUUACCACUGAUUUGCACUGUAAAAUAAUGAAAAUAAUUAAAUUUCUAAUUUUCC